CAUUAUUACUAGUGUUAUCAUCCCACUAUACGUCAUCAGCACCAAUGGGCAGUGCCGGUGUAUGCUCAGUCUCUUCUUUAAAGGCAGGAAUGUAAAUCCACAGGGAUUAGUGAGAACACACUGGGCUGUAAACCCUUCAGUAGCUCUCCAAGGGGUCUCUGCCUCAGUGCGUAAAGUUGGGACGGGUCUCCGGACGCACCGCACAGCACUUACAAUCGCACAGUCUCCAUGUGCGUCACCUCUGUGGGAUACUUGACAUAAGGAUUUCUGAUAUUUUGACUCCACAACCGGCGCGGGUCACUGACAAAUGAAUAUCCUGGCGUUUUUACUGAUGUGAAGGCGUUUUCCCUUGAACGGAUCAUCUGUCCCGGAGCGCAGAGGGGACAUGGGUCAACUUUAUGGUGCGACUCUUUUACCAUUUGGCGCUAUCUGUGUUGUUUUUCUUUGGGAAUCUGGUGCCAGCUCUAUCAGGACGACGCUUGCAGUGGACACCUCGAGAACAGAGUGUCCAGAAAAUAAGAUCUUGACCGUGGAGUAUCCCUGUGUCAGAGCUGGGGGGAAGAACAGCACUUGUUUCAGGAGGAAAUGCUGUGACGGUUUCAGGUUUGUGAUGGGCCAGUGCAUACCUGAAAGCGUGGAUGUGUGUGCAGCGUCACCCUGUGAGCAGCAGUGUACUGAUAACUUUGGACGAGUUGUCUGCACAUGUUACCCUGGCUAUCGCUUCGACCGAGAGAGACACCGUACCCACAAGUCUCCUUACUGUCUGGACAUUAAUGAGUGUGAGCACCCAAGCAGCAACGUCUGUGACCAUGAAUGUGUGAACACAGUGGGCAGCUUUCUAUGUCGAUGUCGCAGUGGCUACAUACUCGCACCGGACCAACACACCUGCAUCCCUGUACACAACUUGAGUUCAACGGGGAAGUCAGACACCCUGAUGAGUGCUGGUACCUGCUCAUUCACCUGUCAGGACUUUAUGAACAUGAAAAAUAGUCUGCUGCAGCUAAAACUAAGGCUGGGAAACACACAGUCAGCCAACCAGGUUCCUGGACUGGCCAACAGCAGUGACAAGCCACAUCUGGGGAGGGCAGGAAAAAAUCCUGAUAGCCCUUGUCUCCCUGGUUUAUCUGGCCCCCCAGGAGCUCCUGGAGUCCCAGGGCACCCAGGAGAACCGGGAAAGAGAGGGGAGCCAGGGGACAGGGGCCCGCCUGGCCCUCGGGGUCCACGGGGAGACAUGGGACCCAUGGGUCCAGAACCUGACCUGAGGCACAUGAAAAGAGGCCGCAGGGGGCCAGUGGGACCACCUGGAGCAACAGGAAGAGAUGGACAAAAGGGUGACAGAGGAGCUCCAGGUCCCAGAGGUCCACCUGGACCACCCGGCUCCUUCGACUUCCUUUUGCUAAUGAUGGCUGACAUCCGCAAUGACAUAAUUGAGUUGCAGGAGAAGGUGUUUGGGGAGCGGAGGGGCAUCUCUCUGGACAGUCCUCCUCAUUCCAGCGGGGAAAUGGAUUUUGUAGAGUGGGGCUCUGGACAAGGAGAUCUCCUGCUCAGUACCUGACCUCUGACAUCCCGCCCACAGUAGCAGUCGCUCAAACCCAGCAAGACAAACACCGAACUUGACUCUUUCUUUCUUUGUUGAUAAAGGAUGCUGGUGGUCAAAGUGCCAACCUGUAAAUAAUCCCUAACCACACAGCAGUGAUGAACUGGGCAAGGAGCCUUAAUGACACUCUGGACACUGCCACAGACAGUAAAACAGAGAGAUAUACAAGGAUUUAAAAUUGGACUACAGAGUCUCUUAACCACUGCAAGCACUGUCUGGCUGCCUCUUCAAUUCUGUGGUGUGGGCACGGGAUGUGUGUGUGUGUGUGUGUGUGUGUGUGUGUGUGUGUGUGUGUGUGUGUGUGUG